AGGCGCAGAGGCUCUCUCCCUUGACCUUUUGUCAUCCUCUGAACACCAGCCAUGUCACUGCUGUGGGAGGACAGGGAGGUGCGGUUCGACAUAGCACCAUCGCAGAUGAAAAUGCGACCUGGCGAGCAGCUGAUCGAUACAUUAGACUCUGUGGAAGACACCAAGGGCAACAGCGGUGACCGAGGCCGGAUGCUGGUGACAAACCUGCGCAUCAUCUGGCACUCGCACGCCAUGCCGCGCGUCAGCCUCUCGGUCGGCUACAACUGCGUGCUCAACAUCACCGUCAAGCAGGUGAACUCCAAGCUACGCGGUAUGACCGAGGCCCUGUACAUCCUCACCAAGUCGGGCAACACUCGCUUCGAGUUCAUCUUCACCAACCUGACGCCGGGCAGCCAGCGCUUGUUCACGUCCGUCGGCGGCGUGUACAAGGCCUACACCAGCUCCCGGCUCUACAGGGAGCUGAAGCUGCGCGGCGCCAUCGUCUCCAACAAGCAGUUGCGGCGGUUGCCGCAGGAGGAGAUCGUGAGCCGGGUGGACGGCGUGUGGAACCUCUCUUCCGACCAAGGCAACCUCGGCACCUUCGUCAUCACCAACGUCCGACUCGUUUGGUUUGCCAACAUGAACGAACAGUUCAACAUGUCGCUGCCGUACCUUCAAAUGGACUCGGUUCGCACGCGGGACUCCAAGUUCGGCCCGGCGCUGGUGGUGGAGUCCACGGAGAGCAGCGGCGGCUACGUGCUCGGAUUCCGGAUCGACCCCAAGCAGAAGCUGAUGGAGGUCUACAAGGAGCUGGACUCGCUCUUCCAGGUGUACAGCGAGACGCCUGUGUUCGGGGUGGAGUACACGCGCGACUGCGAGAGCGCUUCGAUGACGGCGGACCAGCUGAGCAACGACAUGGACAAUAUCGCCGAGAUCGACGACACGGAGCCGCCCGCCGACACGUUUGCCUCCUAUUUCGCCGACGGCGACCACGCGCAGGACCGGGAGCCGGUCUACUGUCCCGAGCUGGGGCUGGCGAUGGAGCGGCUCAAGGACGGCUUCACGCUGCAGAGUCUGUGGCAGGUGGUGCCGCAGUAG